UCAAGUUGAACGCGCAUUCGUAGAUUUCGUAGUGAUUCGUAGAAGUGUUGUGAGUCGUAAGUCUUAAAGGAUCGCUUGAGUGAGGCAAACCUGUUUCGCCUCGUCUCGACUGUUGCAUUAUUAUUUUUGGAAAGCAUUGCCGACUUCGACUGUGCUUAGCAAGCUUGGCCAAAUUUACCUCAUCAUCGAGGACCCGGGUCAUUUAUAUCAGAAGAAGUAGAAGCGUCGUAGCUUCAGACACCCAGCCGUCGUGUAUUGAUAAACAAAAGAGGUCUAUUAAACAUGUCUUCGAAUAAUUCUAUUUCGAACGACGCCCUUCAUGCGAACAUGUCAAACAUUCGAAUAAAGAUAGAACCUGGCACAUCUGAAUCAGAACCCAGCACGUCUGAUGACAGAGUGAAAAACAUUAAAAUGGAACCCGGUUUACCCACCACCACACAGAGAUUAACAUCCUACCGACUACCACGAGACCUGACACUAGGUGGAAAUCAAGGUGUAAAUAUUAAACUUGAAAAGCCGAAGAAAGUAUACAUGCCAAAUGUCAAUGUGCAAAGGAAUAAAAAGAAAGACGAUCAAGCAAUCAUGGUCAAAACUGAUCUGGUGAAAUCGAGAAACAGCGAUCGUGGAAGAGAACGAGAGAGAAGUGGUGACAGAGGACGUGGAAGAGGAGACAGAGGAAAUGUAAUACAGUCUGUUGGCAUAUGGUCAGAAGGAAUCUUUAUACCACCUACUGUUAGAGAGAGAAAGAGUAAAGGUUUCAAAGUUUCUAAUAGCACAGUAAAUGCUGCAAAACAUCUGGAGCAACCAAAACUAAAUAUAAAUAAGGUUAUUAAUAAGACAGAAGGAGACAGAAGAUUAAAAGAUCUAUUAAGAGAUGAUUUCAUUGAUGAUGCUCCAGAAAUUGAUGAAAAAAUGUGUCCUCUCACGUUACCAAGAAUUAAAAAAGAUAUACACAAUAUGAUUGAUAAUAAAGUUGAUAAGAAACCGGUUAUUUCAGAAAAUGGUGAAAUCAUAAAUGAAGAAAAGGAAAGCAAGCAAGACAGAGAAGAAUUAUUUACCAUUUCUCAAAUAACCGAAAACAAGGCUAAUUCUUAUACAUUAAUUCAAUUUCCAGAAUCUUUACCAGGUGUGGAAUCCAACAGAGAAGAAACAGGAUCAAAACAAUCAAAUGAUUCAAAUACUCGUAGUGAGAAUAACAAUAAGGCAAAAACUGAGCUUUGUACUUUGAAUAACUUAAAAAGUGGUCUCUUAGGCAAACUCGAAAUUUUAAAGUCUGGUAAAGCGAGAUUACGUUUCGGCGAAAUAAGUUUUUUCGUCGAUAUUGGAGCGCAACAACGUUUCCAACAAGACCUUUUAGCUGUAAAAAUAGAUGCUACAUCACAAACUGGUGAUCUUGUCAAUCUUGGGUCAGUGAACAAUAAAUUAAUUUGUUCUCCAGACUUUGAAUCUACAUUAGAAAAUUCAUAAGAAAUUCUAUAAAUAUGUAUCUUUAAU